CAUGACUCAUGAGGUAUAGGUGCUAGAGAGACUUUCUCCCUUAGUUUUUUUCUGCAACUGCUGUUAGGGACCAUGGAGCUAGGUUCUCUUGCUCGUGCCGCUCUUUCCAGGCGCGCAAAAACACAAGGCGGACACCGUUUCCCGAAUUAUUGCGCUUGCUAGGAUGAGAACGCUCUUUUCGCAUCGUCUUUUAUAUCCAAACCUCAGUCUGCAGAACCGUAGAGCAAACUGACCGACGAUCGCGAAAAUGCUAGCUUCGAUACACUACCUCGAUGCGUGAGCUCCUACCCGGACUAUGGACUAGUGCACGUGAAGUGUGUCUGGUAUCAUUUGCCGAAUAAGCGUAUCGUUGUCGCCGACUUAGCAACAGCUAGUCAGCAGCGGGAUUUGGUUUAGUCAAGGUUCGGAAACGAUACGGAAUCCCGGCUAGCUCCUUGCCGGCCGCUUCAACUUUCUCAAAAUGUUCUGCAACGGCAUGCUGUCAGCCCUGUACCGGAACGCCGGCUGGGGCUGCGGCAUUAUUGGAGCAGCAUCGCCUGACGCCGGCGCCGCCGCCACCGGCGCAGCGUCAGCAGCAGCAGCAGCGGCAGCAGAGCAAAAAGGUCCUGAGGAGGUUCAGGGGAGCAAGCUGCGGUCGUCAGUCACCUUCUCCCGCUUUUCAGGGGCGCAUUUGCUGGCAGGGACACCGGCAGCGCCGCCCGAGGUGGCGUGGGUGCGGCAGCUGGACUCAGAGGCGUCUGCGCUGAAGGAGUUCUCAGUCACCUUCUCUGAGGCCAUCCGGAAUCUGCCUCUGGGUGUUCGCCUCUGGUCGCACAACCAGAAGGAGAAAUCACAGGGCCGGGUGCCUGUCAUUGACAUCUUCUCUCGGGAGAGACAGCCAUCCGCAUGCCAUGGAGUCCCCCUGGGCGGCAUUGGCGCCUGUAGCAUUGGCCGUGGUUUUAGAGGGGAGUUCAACCGCUGGCAGUUUGCUCCGGGGCAGUGCGACGACGGGCCCGUGGACGCCAACCAGUUCUCGGUGUUUAUCACCCGGCACACAGAAAAGCCAGGGGACGAGCCCCUCAAGUACUCGUCCGUGCUGUACCCAGGCAUGCCCAAGGGCGUGCGGAAGAAGGGGAGCGGCACGGGGAUUGACGCGUGGGGGUGGAACGUGGAUGGCUCCCGCAGCACGUACUAUGCGCUCUUCCCCCGCGCUUGGACCGUGUACCAAGAACCGGACCCCCAGAUGACCAUCUCGUGCCGCCAGGUCUCUCCCUUCAUCCCCAACAAUUACCAAGAGAGCUCCCUUCCCUCCUCCGUCUUCUCUUUCACUGUGGCCAACACAGGUACCACAGCUGCUGACGUCACACUCGUUUUCUCCAUAGCUAACUCUAUAGGUGGAGAUUCUGCCACGACUGGUGGACACUUGAAUACUGCUUUUGAGAUGGACCAGGGCAUCAGAGGCGUGACCCUUCACCACAGGUCCAGCAAAGUUGGUGGCCCGGUCACUCUAGCCAUUGCAGCGAGAGGGGGGAAUAGCACCGGCAAGACUGAUCCCCCCUCUGCUUCCACUGCUCCCAACUCUUCUCCCGUGACUGCUGACUCAACUAACGGAAUUGCUGACUCAGCUAUGGGGGCCUCUGACUCAGCUAACCAGAUUGCUGGCAGCCAUGCAGCCAAUGGGCGACAAGCCCACAGCACUCCCAGUGGUUGUGAUUGUAACGGGGGUGAUUCUACGAAUGGCAGUGCUGAUGGGGUCAGCAUCUCUGUCUGCCCGCACUUCGUCCUCUCUGGGCCCUGCAAGGGCCUAUCGGCUGCUGACAUGUGGCAGCAGCUGGAGAAGACUGGCACCUUCCCCCCCCACCACGAGUCAGCCCUGGCGUCGCACCCCUCCUUCCCCGGCACGGCCAUUGGAGCAGCAGUGGCUGCCUCAGUGUCGGUGCCGCCAGGGGCCACACGCCACGUGGACUUCACUCUCUGCUGGGACGUGCCUGUUGUGCGCUUCAACCCGGACAGUCAUUACCUCAGGCGCUACACUCGCUUCUAUGGGCAUCACGGCAUGGCAGCGCACCUCCUGGCUAGAGAUGCCCUGCUAGGAUACAGCAACUGGGAAGAGGCCAUAGAGGCAUGGCAGGCACCCAUCCUCCAUGAUGACACACUGCCUCACUGGUACCGAGUGACUCUCUUCAACGAGCUCUACUUCCUCACUGCAGGGGGCACCGUGUGGACGGACGGAGGGCCGCGGUUGGAGGAGAGGGAGCAGCACGAGUGGCUGAAGCCCAAGGACCCUUCGCAAUCUAUCGGUCGCUCGGUCCUUCUCCUGCCCUUGCCCUCUGCCUUGCAUGGCACAGAAAAGGCAGACGAGCUUGCACCUUCGUCUCUCUCUCCAGGCACCACGCUAGCAGCAGCAGCAGCAGCAGCAGCAGCAGCACGCAAUGGAACAACCAAGCAGCCACCGCACGUCCCGUCGUCCUCCUUGCCUUUCUCUCCCGCACCCCUCCCGGGCCCGUGGAACAAGCCUCCCAAAAUCCCAGGCAGGGCGCCCCUCCCUCCCAACCUUGUCCCCUCGGACUCCUCCUCCCUGCCUCCCUCCAACCUGCCGCGGGCGUCCUCUGCCCCCAUCACGCCUGGCCGCCUGCUGUCCAGCACGUCGAGCUUGUUUGGCAGCAUGGCCAUCGGCAUGUUCCCUGCUUCCCCCCUGCCCCUCUCCGCUAGAAAGCCUGCUGCACCUGCUGCUGCUGGUGCUGCUAGUUCUGCUGGUGCCACCGGUGUUGCUUCUCGUGCUGGCCUGUCUGCUUCGUCGUCCUUCACUCCACCUAUCUUCGGGCCUUCGCUUUCCGGUGUUCUUGCCGAGUCCCAGGUGGAUUUUCAGGUGAACCAGCGGGACGUGAGGUCGGGCUCAUUAUUGGAUGACGGCGGUUUGGCUCUGGGUUGUGUUGGGCGGAUAUCUGAGAGACAAGAGGAAGGGGAGGACGCGGAAAGGGAGGGAGGAGGAGAGGGGAGGAGCAGCGGCGUUAGUGCAAUGGGCACAAUGGUUCUAGAGUCAGCAGGCAAUGAUGCUGGUAGAGCGAUGGCAGCUGGGGCGGAGAGGCGCUCACAUGAUGCAGAGACAGCGUCCACCAGACAAAGCAACAACACAGACGCGUCUUCACCCAGACAACACAGCGACAUCUUGUCUGCUUCCCUUGCCUCUCCUCCCUCGCCUUCCUCCCUCUCCUCCACACCACCACAACCCCGCCAACAAUCCUCCCUCUCCCCCUCGUCACAACCCCGCCUCUCCAUCUCCCCCUCUUCACAACCGCAUCCCUCCCACUCGCUCCCGCCCCUGACCCCCCACGAGAAGGCCCUUGACUUGCCAGCGCCCAUGGCAGGGCGCCUGGCGGGGGGCCCUCUCAUGCCGCACGAGCACUACAGCUGGCGCCUGUGCUCAGGGGAGGAGGAGGAGGAGGAGGAGGAGGAGGAGGAGGAGAAUGUGGGGCAGUUUCUUUAUCUCGAGGGGCUUGAGUAUAUCAUGUGGAACACCUACGACGUGCACUUCUAUGCCUCCUUCGCCCUGCUCGCCCUCUUCCCUCUGCUGGAGCUCAGCCUUCAAAGAGACUUUGCUGUCAGCACUCUGCUGCAGCAACGGCGCAUGACUCGGUUCCUGGCGGACGGGGCGUCUGGGGUGAACAAGAUGCGGGGCAGCGUGCCGCACGACCUGGGGUGCCACGACCCGUGGGUCUUCCCCAAUGCGUACAACAUCCAUGACACCGCGCACUGGAAGGAUCUCAACUGCAAAUUCGUGCUGCAGGUGUGCCGUGAUUUCAAGGCCACGGGAAACACACGCUUCUGCCGCGCGGUGUGGCCGGCGGUGGUGGCAGCGAUGGACACGGUGGAACGGUUCGACCGCGACGCCGAUGGGCUCAUUGAGAACGACGGGUUUCCUGAUCAGACCUACGACAACUGGCCGGUGCACGGAGUGAGUGCCUACUGCGGUGGGCUGUGGCUGGCAGCGCUGCAGGCAGGUGCUGCCAUGGCAGACGUGGUGGGGGAGGACAAGUACGCGCAGUACUGGCGGCGGCAGUGCGAGCGGGGUCGGGAGGCUUUUAUUAGCAAGCUAUGGAAUGGCAGGUACUUCAACUACGACAGUGGCAGCAGCAGCAACAGCAACUCCAUUCAAGCGGAUCAGCUGGCAGGCCAGUGGUACCUCUGGAGCUGUGGCCUGCCGCCCCUCUUUGACUCGUCCAUGGCGUGCAAAGCGCUGCAGAUGGUAUUCGAGUACAAUGUGAUGCGACUGGAGGGAGGGCGCAUGGGGGCAGUCAAUGGCAUGCGACCCAAUGGGCAGGUGGAUGACACGUGCUUGCAAUCGCGGGAGGUGUGGACAGGUGUCACGUACGGAUUGGCUGCCACAAUGAUCUAUGAGGGCAUGCGCUCUCAGGCCUUCCGCACAGCGCAGGGCAUUCACCAGGCGGGGUGGAACGACCUGGGUUAUUGGUUCCAAACCCCGGAGGGUUGGGACACUGAUGGUCGCUUUCGCUCAUUAGCAUACAUGCGGCCACUUGCCAUCUGGGCUAUGCACUCGGCCUUGAGCAGUGCAGAAAUUAAGAAGUCUUAACACCGAAGAAGGGAACUCGCCAGUGAAUGUAUCUAAACGCCUCAUUAUUUCAUGUGUUUGUGUUUCAUUCAUGUGAAGUGCAAAUAUGAACGAGCUGCUAUCAC